AUGUCAUGGAAAUCAUGGCUUCUCCUAUUGCUUUUCCAUAUAUGUAACGCUCAAGAUGAUGGAGAAACUCCGAUCACCUUACCAAAGGAGGUCGACGCCUGUAAUGGGAUCUUCUUACAAUACAGCUUCGAUUCGCGACAGAAAGAAUACCCACGUCUCAAGAACGCCACCGCACAGCCAUGGGCUUUCAAGUCUCAGUUAACCGUCGUCAACACCGGCGCCACCGAGUUGAAAACAUGGCAGGCGUUUAUCGGUUUCCAGCACGACGAGAUCUUAGUGUCGGUUGACGGAGCGACGAUUCUCAACGGUGACAGUUUUCCGAUGAAGGUGGGGAAGAAUGGAACUCACCUGACUGGAUACCCACAGGCGGAUUUGAGAACCGCCAUUGAUACCGCCGGAGAUUUGACUCAGAUGGCGGCGAAGGUUAAGAUCAAGGGGACGAUGUUUGGGGUGAAACUCGGCGGCAAUGUCAUGCCUUCAAACAUUAAACUCGAAAACGAAGGCUUUAAAUGCCCUAAAGCAACAACCAAAGCCAGACAAUCGAUGCACGUAUGUUGCACAAAAGAUCCCAAAUUUAAACCGAAGAAGAAGCUCUUGAAAUUUUUCCCACGUCGAAAAGCUGAUCUUUCGUUCACAUAUGAUAUUAUACAGUCGUUUAAGGGUAAUUACAUAGCUCAGGUCACCAUCGACAACCACCACCCUCUAGGACGCCUCGAUCAUUGGAACUUGACCUUCGAAUGGAUGCGAAAUGAGUUUAUUUACGACAUGCGAGGUGCUUUCACUCGGAAGAAAGAUCCUUCUGAAUGCCUUUACAGCGCUGCCGGAGGAUACUAUCAAGAUAUGGAUUUCUCAAAGGUCAUGAACUGUCAGAAAAAACCAACCAUCUCCGACCUUCCGUCCACCAUGAAAGACGACGACAACGUCGGAAAGUUACCUUUUUGUUGCCGGGGUGGACAGAUUCUAUCGAAAAUUAUGAACGCAACUAAAGCGAAAUCGGUUUUUCAGAUGAAUGUGUUCAAACUUCCUCCUGAUUUAAACCGAACUGCAAUAAAUCCACCUCAAAAUUGGAACAUCAAAGGCGUGGUGAACCCGCAUUACAAGUGUAGUCAACCGAUCCGGGUCGACCCGACGGAGACACCAGACCCGAGUGGCGUCGAAGCCACGAUCUCCGCCAUAGCUAGUUAUCAAAUCACCUGCAACAUAACAAAACCUAAACCGAAAAUGGCGAAGUGUUGUGUAUCAUUUUCGGCGUAUUACGCUGAUUCAGUGGUUCCAUGCAACACGUGUGCGUGUGGUUGUGAAGACGAAGACACCAGAAAAUGCGACAAGGAUGCGAGAGCGCUGCCGCUUCCGGCGGAGGCGCUACUAGUUCCGUUUGCUAAUCGGACGAUUAAAGCAAAAGCUUGGGCGAAAAUCAAACACAUAGAUUUACCAAAAAAGCUGCCGUGCCCGGAUAAUUGUCCGAUGAGCGUGAACUGGCAUCUCGAUAGUGAUUACAAAACCGGGUGGUCGGCGAGGAUAACGAUGUUCAAUUGGCAACGCCGGCCGUUUGAGGACUGGUUUCUCGCCGUUCAGUUGAAGAAAGCGUUUGUUGGGUACGAGAAUGUUUACUCGUUCAAUGGAACGAAACUGGGAAAGGUGAACAAGAUGAUUUUCAUGAAGGGGUUUCCGGGUUUGAAUUACUUGAUCGGGUUGACGAACGGGUCAAAACCAGGGGAACCACCGGUGCCGGGAAAGCAACAAUCGGUGAUAUCUUUUUUGAAAAAAAACACGCCGGGAAUUCGUGUUGCAGGUGGAGAUGGAUUUCCGACGAAGGUAAUCUUUAACGGGGAAGAAUGUGCGUUGCCUAGAAGAUUGCCCAGACGUUCCGUCGGAAGUCGUCAAUCUCCGGUAGGAUUGUUGCCGGCGGUGAUUAUUGCCUUUUCUACAUUCAUUUUGAUUCAUUUUUUUCUUCCAUCAACGGCGCCAUUUUUGUGA